UGGACUGUUUGAAAAUGUGGAGAGAAAAAAAGUCAAAUGUUUAUUUUAUUUUUUAUUCAUGUUGAUCACAUUUUUAUUUGGCGUACCCCCGACAGCAUUGCGCCCCAGUUUGGGAAUACCUGGUCUACACAAUAGAUGUGUUGUGUUCAUGGACAAUACUGGAUGACAAUGGGACUUUAUGAAUGAUGAUCUCCAUAUCAGAGCUUGAACAUGCACCUUUUUACUAGUUUUCCUGAUUCAUUAAAAUCACAAAGGUUUAUACAGUAAGAUGACUGGCCUUUGCCUCUUACAUAUUCCAUUUGCUAAAUUGCUAAUUCAAAUGUACUUUGGUGGACUGUAUCCAAGGGACUGUAUCCAAGGGAGAGGGCAGGCUGAAAAGAGACACCGGUCAUGGAGGAAUCCUUGUUGGCAGCAAAUGUGUGAGUGUUUGUUUGUGCAUACUUGCGUGUUAGACAGUUUCACACACCAACAAUUAUCUUCAAUGGAGGUCUCCUGCCCUGUCUUGGACUAAUAAUAAGAUAGAUGAGGAGAAAGACAAGUCCAACAGAGAGCUCCAGGAGGAUCUGUCUACAGGUGGUGGCGCCGUAACUUGAGGUCGGGCUGGGGAUGAUGACUGCAGGCAUAGUUCUGGAUGCUGUACAGGUGGGUGAAGGGAAUGCAAGGGCUGCAUUCAAUCCAUAUCGCGGAGAGAUAUGAGAGAAGCUCAGAGAGAAGCUGGGACAUUGUGGGGAGUCACAGGGACCUCAAUGGCACGCCACCACUAGGAACAUGUAAUUCUUGGUACAACGGGAUGACAGAGGCCUAUUAGUGUGAACAGUUACACUUCUCUCCCUUUUUUCCCCCUCAUAAGACUGGCCCACCGGCCUAAAUAUGGACUGGCCCGCCGGGCAUUUGCCCGAACUGCCCUUUGGCCAGUCCCUUUCAGGUUGGAAGUGACAAACAGGCUAUCCGUGUUUUCACUCAGUAUUGUUGUCCAUCUUAAUGAAGAGUUUACAUAUGUCAAAGCAUUAAACUUUUGACGGACCUCAGUCCGACAGAGAAGGUAGUACAGUAUAACAUACACAAAUGCAUCACAUUCGUCUCGAUCUGUACAGUUCCUAAUAAAAAAAUGCAACCACGUCUACAACAACCUCGGUCUAAAGACAAGCUCUGCAUAGCAAGUGCCAGACAGUCUUUCCUUGGAUUUCAUUAUGUAAUCCUGGAUCCAACUCAAGGUGUGUAAUGGGUUGUCUAGCCUGUCAUAUUGAGUCCCAUAGACUUGCCAUAUAACAACAAACCCGAAAGGCCAUUGCUAUCAAUAUGUCAGUGUGGACUACUACAUGUAUAGCUUGUAAGUUUCACUAAACUUUGUUUUCACUGCACACACACUGAGGAUUAUAUGGCUCAAAUAGGCCAGGUUCACACCCAAGUUGUACAACUGUUGUACAGCACAUUUGACAGUGGUUUUGAUCGUUUUUCUUCACAAAAAUAAUUACACAAGCAUUGUGGAGACUGCACAAUGGUUGUGUGUAUACAACUGAAAGCUUGUCUGCACAUAAAUGUAUCACAAAAAUAGCAGUUGUACCAAACCAUUGUGUCAAAUGCGCUGUACAUUAGUUGUACAACCUGUGUGUGGACAGGGCCAUAGAUCCUAAAGUGGUAGGAAUUUUGACAUUUCAGGUCAACAAUUGGAAAAUCAGAGCAGGCAUUAUCAUAUAAAUAGAAUGAUUAAUUAAGUAAUUCUAUUUUUAUUGCCAUUAUCUUGUGGGUAUAAGCAACAAAUAAUCUCUCAAUUAUAAACGUGUCCCAUAGUCAUGAGUUUACAGUUUAGCUCCGUUUAAACCUGGAGCUAACAUGGGUCCUUUGUCCUGAUCUGGUCUACAUUCUGAUUGUGCCCACAUUUCCAGAAAUGUGUCUACUCAUCACUGGAGGUUGGUGGCACCUUAAUUGUGGAGUACAGGCUCGUGGUAAUGGCUAGAGUGGAAUGAAUAUAAUGGUAUCCAACACAUGGGUUCCAGGUGUUUGAUGCCAUUCCAUUAGCUCCUUUCCAGCCAUUAUUAUGAGCCGUCCUCCCCUCAGCAGCCUACACUGCUACUCAUGGUAUUAAACUGUGUCUGUUAUCCAUCCACUGUCUCUGCAUUGUGACUUCCUGGUUCCUUCCUUUAUGCAAAUUUGUUCACAGCUAUUCAUUCAAAGUCAUAUUUAUUUACUGUAAGACACUUGUUGAUGUAAUCAGUCAAUAGUGCCAUCUGUCAAUGAUUUUAGAGGGCAGAAUAAUGAUGAUGAUUUAAAUGGUUUCUCUGUCCAGAUCUGUCUACACUUGUAAGAUAUCCAGACACAAAGCGUGUCUGACUACCUCCGGAAGUGGGCAGGAUGAUCUGAUCGCAAUGUGUCUUUUGAUUGUCCACAUUUUUAGACAGGUGUAGACAAUCAAAAUGUGUACAAGAUCAGGACAAAGGAUGCAAGUUAGAACCAGGUAUAAACGGGGCUUCUAAAUUCCAACAAGGUGUCAGUGGCGGAGCAGGAGGCAACAGACUGUCCACGCCACGUCUCAGGGACGCCUCAGCUGAGUCACUUUCAGUGUGUGCGUGUGUGUAUGCGCACGUGUGUGUGUGUGGGGUGGGGGGGCUAUAGGACAAGGAGGGAUAAAGAGCUGAACUCGGUUCCUUCUCUCUCUGGAUAACAGCAUGCAGGUCUCAAAUGUCUGUCAUGGUCAUGAAUGAUUAAGAAGCUAUUGAUAUUUACGUCACUUCCAGUGUUUGGCAAAUAUUUACUAAAUGUCUCUCUAGUCAAUGUGGUGUUUCAAUCUGAAUUUAAGUGAGAAGGAAAGGGGGAUAUAUAGAGAAAAAGACAGGGGGUGAGGGGGGUGAGAGACUGUCUAAUAAUACUAACAGGUAGAAAGAGCCAAAACCCGAUAAACUCAGAAGAUGUUGCGCAAAUGGAGGGGAGACAAUCAGAAAGGAGAACAGAUGUCCUUUAGAGGGGACCAGGCUAAUGCCACGUGUUGGUGACAGGUACAACACAUGCUAGCACUGAGGAUGAAACAACGAGGAAGAAAAGAGAGGAGAGAGAGGAACAAGAUGGAGUUAUCAUGAGACAGAGGGAAAGGUAGAAAGAAUGAAAAUAGAAAGAGCAAAGGAGAGAGAGGGAUAGAAAGAGAGAGAUAGAGACCCCGUUUCAGUCUGAUAGCCCUGCUCGCACAGACGACAGCAGCACCCCCUCCUUCUCUCCCACCCGUUUCAGUCUGAUAGCCCUGCUCACACAGACGACAGCAGCACCCCCUCCUUCUCUCCCACCCGUUUCAGUCUGAUAGCCCUGCUCGCACAGACGACAGCAGCACCCCCUCCUUCUCUCCCACCCGUUUCAGUCUGAUAGCCCUGCUCGCACAGACGACAGCAGCACCCCUCCUUCUCUCCCACUUGCACAGAAAUACCAUCACGACCCAAUUUGUUUGCGUCCCAGAGAGGAAACCCCUGCCAGCGACUGGACAGGUACUCUUAACGCUUCGCCUCGGGACUCGCACCUCAUCAUCCUCACUCAAUGUCACCCUGCAGUCCUUCGCCUUCCCGAGCCUUAGAACCACGGACCGUCAUCUAUUAUCACCUCGUUUCUCAUCUGCGACUCACCAACCAGCGCCACACGUCACGUCUCUCCAGCCCAACAUGAGAAAGGGACUCCAGGCCAGCCAGGCUGCUCACACAGGGCAGUGGGACGAGCAGAGGCAUCACGAGCAGCGGCUGGGGAGGGCAGAGAAAAAGUUAGCAGCCUUCUGGUUGUCCUUGUCGCAGAGAACGUGGACGUUUUUCAGACCCCGCGGCGGCAAACGCACCGGCUGCUUCCAGCGGAGCUCCUCGGCAGCUCGCCUACUGAAGAGCGAAGCGUGAGGAGUGUGUGUGGGAGUGUUUGUGUCUGUCUGUCUGCGGCGGGUGUCAGAAGAGUCCUGGCAGACACCCCUAUCUGGAGGACCCAUAUCUGCGUGUGUAUGUGACCUCCACCCCAGAGGUCAAAGGCAGUCUAUGUCGUUCUUCAGCCUGAUAAGAUAACACAACCAUUGGCAUUCUUUCUUUGUUGUGUUAUCUUAGCAACGUUGACUAAAGAUGGAAGGACAAGCUGUCAUUCUAAUGUCAUUCUCAUUCAGAAGGACAAACAAACUGUCAUUCUAAAGCCUCUGAAAUACGUCGAGCCCAGUGGAUUGGUUGAAGAGCGUUUGGCGAUUUGCUGCUGUCGACUGGAAGGAAUCUCCCCUCUUGUUGUCGUCAAAACCAGGCUUCCCUUCUCAGAAGAAACUUCCAUUCACUAAACUAAACUAUCAAAGAGGAGAACAUACCACAGAGAAGACAUUAGUGGUGGAGAUUGGUGUGAAUAGGGGCAGCUGUCACUCCCUUAACCCCUACUGUGACUUUCCAGAUGGGGUAACUGGGACCUGCGGAGACCAUGGUAGUCACCCAUUUAGAGCUAGAGCUGUGCUACCAGGGGAAGAAGCUGAGGGGCUUCACCUGUAAGCUGACCCGCUCCCCCCAUGGCUAUCUGCCUGAGAGUGCCUGGCUCAUCUUGGCUCAGAUCCUACUGCCCUACGUGGUGGCCGGCCUGGGCAUGGUGGCGGCAAGCAUAGUCAUGGACUUGGUUCAACAUUGGGAGGUGUUUAGGGAGAUCACAGAGGUGUUUAUCUUGGUGCCAGCCCUGGUGGGACUGAAAGGCAACCUGGAGAUGACACUGGCAUCCAGACUGUCUACAGCAGCGAACACUCGGCAGCUGGAUGAUCCAAAGCAGCAGUGGAGGAUAGUGUGUAGCAACCUAGCUCUCAUUCAGGUCCAGGCCACAGUGGUGGGUUUCCUGGCUGCGGUAGCUGCAGUGGGGUUGGGCGCGAUGACCAGGGGUCGUGUGGACCUGCUGCAGGCUGCUGUUUUAUGUGCCAGCAGCAUCACCACAGCCUUUGUAGCAGCCCUGUCAUUGGGCCUGGUGAUGGUUGUAGUGAUCAUUGGCUCCAGGAAGGUGGGAAUCAACCCUGACAACGUGGCCACGCCCAUCGCUGCCAGCCUGGGUGACCUCAUCACCCUUUCUCUGUUGGCUGGGGUCAGCAGCUUCCUCUUCCGGUUUAAAGAGAUGUGGUACCUGCCUGCUCUGGUGUGUGGCUUUUUCCUGGUUCUCAUUCCGCUGUGGGUGGUCAUCGCCCAGCACUCUCCUCCAAUCAGAGAGGUGCUGAGGUCUGGGUGGCAGCCCGUCAUCAUGGCCAUGUCCAUCAGCAGUAUUGGGGGCCUGAUACUGGAUAAGACAGUGAGCGACCCGAACUUUGAGGGCAUGGCGGUGUUCACUCCCGUAAUCAACGGUGUGGGAGGUAACCUGGUAGCCAUCCAGGCCAGCCGCAUCUCCACCUACCUACACUACUGGAGUAUGCCAGGGACCCUGCCCUUCCAGAUGACACAACACUGGCCUGGCCCCUGCCUGACCUUCUGCUCCUCAGGGGUCAACUCCAAGUCAGCGAGGGUUCUAGUCUUCCUGGUAGUUCCGGGUCACCUGCUUUUCCUCUACACCAUCCACUUACUGAAUGGCGGCCAUGGCGCCCUCAGGCCUGCCUUUGUCUGCCUUUACCUGUGUGCGGCCCUGCUACAGGUUGUGAUUCUGCUGUACCUGGCUGACCUGAUGGUGCGCUGGAUGUGGCGGAGGGGGCUGGACCCGGAUAACUACUCUAUCCCGUACCUCACGGCUCUGGGGGAUCUGUUGGGGACCGGCUUCCUGGCCCUGAUCUUCAGGGCCAUUCAAUCUAUACCAGCCCACCAUGUCUAGUGCAACUGAAGUUAAGAUUUAACAACGUGGCCUACACACUGUAGUUUCACAGGCCUCCGACAACCACCAAGCUUGGCUCCACAGAAGCCCUGUUUAUGCCUGCCGUUAACAUACGUCCUUUGUCCUGAUCUUGUCCGUUUACACUUAUAAGAUCUGAUCACAAUGCGUCUUUUAAAAGUCUACACAAUCAGAAUGUGGAAAAGAUCAGGGAAAAGGCGGCAUGUUAGAACCAGGUAUCAACAGGGCUUAAGAAAUGAAUGCUGAUAAGGGAGAUGCUGUAUACUGUAGCUCGACAGUCUUUCAGCACCCAGUAACCACAUAGAGGCUACCUGUUGAGAUGUCCUCUGUAAACGCUUUAAUGGUAAAAUGGCAAAUGCACUGUACUAAAGCAAUAAUGUUGUCUGUGCUUGUUUGUUUGCUGACUGUCUAUACAUUUAUCCUUAAGCUCAAAAAUGGUUCACUUGUGAGUUUAGUCACAAUAAAUGUACUAAUGCACUCACGGGAUAUACACACUAUAAACCAAUAGAGGACAUGGGAUAAAUCCAUGUGUCACAAUUUCAAUGAUCGACCACUGCUAUUUUCAUUUGUGCCUUUAAACCAUUACUGUAGAAACUACAGGAGUCAUGUGCAGUAUUUAUUUUCUUAUUAUUAGUCAAGUAAUGACAUCGGCAAUGUUGCUUGAUCGGUAAUUAGUCUGCUGCAGUGAAUUGGUUUGAAAGUGAAUGUUUGUAUCAACGUCUCUAACACAUACUGUACCACUGUUGCCCACAUUUUGUUAUAACUUUUUUGUGCCAAAAGUGUUAUGCUUAUCUCUUCAAAUAAAUGGGUCCUUUUAAGUCAAUUAAUAUAUACUUUUAAAAACAGGCUUAAAUCACAUUUGAUGCUCUGCAAUGACACAAACAAUAUAACUUUCACCAAAGAUUUCAACAGUUCGACAUGUUGACUUAGUAUGUAUGUGUUAGUGUAACCGAUGUGAAAUGGCUAGCUAGUUAGCGGUGGUGCGCGCUAAUAGCGUUUCAAUCGGUGACGUCACUCGCUUUGAGACCUUGAAGUAGUGG